CCGGGGAGGAGCAAGUUAGUCUGAGGCCAGCGGAGUGCUCACUCGGGUGGGCGGAUCGUAGCGGUGACAGAGACGCUCGCAGACUCCCGACAAACUGUCAAAAAGCGGACGACUAACGCCAUGGCGGAGUUAGACCUGAGUCUGAGCGACGCGCUGACGGACAGCGUUCCCCAGCAGGGCCCGGAGAGCCUGGUGGAGAAGGACUUUGUGGCUCAGUUGGAGGCGGAGGCUUUCGACGAUCAGGUCGGGGAGACGGUGGGAAAGACAGACUAUGUGCCCCUGCUGGACAACGACGACACCAGGGCAGACGGGGGUGCUACGUUGGAGAAUGGAGAGCAGGAAGCUCAUGGGGUGCAAAAGCCUGGUUGUAAGCUGACCGCGGGGGGACAGACAUCCGUGUUGCGCCCAGAGCCGCAGGGAGAGGUGUGGCCACACUCUUUUGACCAGCAGCAGGCCUCGGCUACAGACUUCUUAUCAGGCUCCAUGGCAGGUUAUUCAGAUCCUCUGGGCUCCCAGACCAGCCCUGCCCACAUGAUGGAUACUGGCCGGAUGGAAGCUUUUUCAGGUUUCUCCCAGCCUGGUGGGAUGGGGCUCAACGUGGAGGUGGGGGCUGCACCCCUCUCGGCAGAGAGGAUGUCAAGUAUAGCAGAACCCCAGCAUCCCACACCCCCGGCGGGCUCAGAGGCCCCUAAGGAGCACAGCCCCAUGCUGCCUGAACCCCAGCCACCUCGCAGCCCUCUGGAUGUGUCAGCAGGUGCCGUAGGUGACUGCUGGCCAGACGGGGCUGGCAUCCUAUCGGCAGACCUCCCUUUCACCCCCAGUGUUGCCAAUGUGAUCACUCGCCAUUGCGGCCAUCUCGCAGUCAGCCCUGAUGACUCACCUGACAGUUGGCCUGUCCGAGAGAGCACUGCGUAUGCUGGAGGCGACGAAAGGGAGGGAGAUGGUUCAGACCGAAAACAAAAGAAAAAGAAGAAAAGGCGACAGAAAGAUGAGGGAUCUUACGAACACCCCGAGAGCAGGGGUCACCCUGAGGUGCAGACACAAGGAGAAAACACAGAGGAGUUCUACCACAGGAUUGGCCCAAGGCGGGAUAGAGCAGAAGGUGGCUGGGAGGAGCAGCUUGGAAAGAGUGGAGGCCGUGGGAAGAAGGGUAAGAGCAGGAAGAAGAUUCCAGACGAGUGGGGAGUGGGAGCAGAACCGUUUGUCCCUUCGGCCGCGGUGACCUCUCAAAUCACUGAGGAGAAGUUGUUGGAUCUGGGGAGUUCUACUCAGGCAAACCUGGAGGCCUCGUUCGCAGACAUGGACACCAGCCAGAGCCCCUGGAAACAGGAGGUCUUCCCAGAAGAAGGCCUGGUCCCGUCCCCCCUGUCUGAGGACCUGUUCUCCCCAGCAGCUGCUCCCAUGAUCCCACUGGUCCUGAACAGCGAGCUGAAAGCCACAGCACCUCCAUUCACUAUGCCCUCCACCACCAACAGUGCGACACUUGGCUCCUUCCCCAUGGCUCCUCGCCCUGAUGAUCCAUUCGACCUCCUGAUGGAUACUGAAAAUGCAAGCUUAGGCAACAGCAGCCAGGCCUUUUCACCUGGCGGUGACUUGGUUGACAGCGGGAUGUUUGACAACACCAGUUCCCUCCUAGAGUCUCAUAUGCAAGUCAUGCCAGAGGGAGACACCUCUGCUUUCAGCCCUGCCUCCCAGCCGAGCCCAGGCCUUUCCCAAAAAGGCGAGGUGUUAGCCACGGCCCCACCUCUUUCACCUUCAGAUGCUUCAUGGCUCCUAAAUGACUCCAACGUGACCGGCAACAGCGAGCUCUUUGACUUCAGUGACAUGAGCGCCCCAGGUCAUCCUGUAACCUUAGGGCUGUCCUUCGAUACUCCAAGCCCAGCUCCUCUCCGCUCCCCCAAAACCACAGCACAGGAAUUCCAGCCCAAAGAGCACAAAGAUGCCAAAUCAGCCCAGAAGCAAUCCAAGAAGUCUCGUUCUUCAUCCUCCUCCUCCUCUGUCAAGAGUCCCACCUCUCCAGGAGCAAAGAAUUUCCCUUUCCAAGCAUCCCCACUCAUCAGCCCCUCUUCCCCUCCAUCGGCCACCCCAGGAUCUGGUCUUAACCCUACAGCUAAGCCCUUCUUUCCCAGCUUUGCUGAUCCCAUGGAUGAACCCGCCAUGGUCCCUCCAGUUGCCCCCGUCAUCGAAGUAAAAUCCGACAAGACCGAGAAGGCCGAGAAGAAGGAGGAGAAGCAGGAGGACAACGUAAAGAACGUGGACCUGUUUGACCCUCUGGAUAAACCUGAGCAGAAGAGCGUGACGGUGGAAUACGCAAUCAGUGAGACUCCAGCCAAGGUGGAGAAAGAGAUAGAGAAGGAGAAGGAGAAGCAGACAGAGACAGAAAAAGAGAAGGAGAAGGAGAAGGAGGCAGAGACAGAAAAAGAGAAGGAGAAGCAGAUAGAGACACAAACAGAGAAGGAGAAGGAGGCAGAAAAGGUGAAAGAGAAGGAAAAAGAGAUGAAAGAUGCAGAAAAAGUUAAAGAGGAGAAAGUGACAGAGAAAGUAAAGGUGACGGAGGCACAGGUAGAGAAGGUGGAAGAAAAAAAGGAGACAGAAAAGGAGAAGGAGAAAGUGGAGUCAGUGCAGCAGAAAGCAGAGAAGGAGGAUAAAAUGAUCAAGGUAGAAGAAUCACCUGAUAAAUCUGUGAAGACAGAUAAAAUAGACAAGACGGAGAAAACAGAAAAUGUGGAGAUGAAAGAAGAAGUCACCAGCAAAGUGGAGACAACAGAGAAUGUGGAAAAAGUGGACAAAAAUGAGAAGCCCAAAGUGGAAGAAAUAAUUGAGAACAAAAACACUGAGAAGCUCGAGAAGACAGAGAUGAAGGAUGACAAAGAGCAGCACGUGGACAAAGUUGAAAAAACCCCAGAGCCCCAGCUGACACCCGUCAAGCUCGAUACCAGUUCUGACAAGCUGGAGCAGAAGGCCGACGUGGAGGCAAAGACGACACCAGAGGUGGAAGACACCAAGAUAGAGACGGCCGACACAGACAAAGACAAGGACAAGAAGGCGGAGAAAGACGACGAGGUGGAGAAAGCGCCUGAGAAGCCGGUGGAGAAACCAACGCAGAAGAGCGAUAAGGAAGAGAAGCAGGACAAAGUGCAGGCCAACAAAAAGACUGUGGAGAAAAAGGACGACAAGAAGGACAAGGCUGCGAAAGCAGACGGAGGAGAGAAGGCCAAGAAGGCAAAACCUGCAACUAAUGGAAGCAGCGCCCCUCUGAGCAGAGACAUGGCAAGUGCAGAGAAGAAGACCAAGCCUGCUGCCGGGGUGACCAAACCGAGCACUGCUGCUAAAACGCGGCCGACUGCCGCAGCUGCAGGUGGUUCGGUCACAGCACCUACUAAGCGCCUCACAUCCUCCACCACCACCACCCUCUCAGACAAAAAAACAGCCACAACCAAGACACCAUCAUCAGCCGCCGCUGGUCCGAAGCGGCCAGCCACCACUUCCACCAGCCGCCCCACAUCCUCCUCCACCACCACUGCACGGGAUGUCAGGCCCAAGACAACUAUAGAGAAGCGCCCCCUUGUGCCAAAGGCCAGCACCGCCACCUCAACAGGCUCCACUGCUGCCACCAAAAAUGGAACUGCUACCACAGCAGCCAGUAAAGCUGCUACAUCAGUGCGCACGACGGCGUCUACCCGCACCGCUGCUACCACUGCAGCCAGGAGGCCUCUGGCCUCGAAGACAGACAGCAAACCAGGAGAGGAGAAGAAGCCCGGCACUCUGAGGACUUCCACAGCCGACUCCACCAAGCCCAAGACCACCACCACCCGCAGCACUGCUUCCACCACUGCUGCGUCACGCACUCGAACCACGGCAGCCAAACCGGCCACGCCCUCCUCCACCACUGGCACAGCACCAGAGAAGAAGCCCAUGGUGCCCCGCACCUCCCGGGCCACUUCCUCAACCACCAACACCACCACCACCGCCACCUCUAGGACCACCGCUCGCCCCAACACAGCACCGGCCCCCGACAUCCGCAAUGUCCGCUCUAAGAUCGGCUCUACGGACAACAUGAAGCACCAGCCCGGAGGAGGGAAGGUGUCAUCUGCCUCUCAGAGCAGGGGCGUGGCCUCCAAAGACACAAGCCAGGGCAAAGUUCAGAUAGUCUCCAAAAAGCUGGACUUCAGCCACGUCUCCUCACGCUUGGGUUCCAAGGACAAUAUGAAGCAUGUUCCUGGUGGAGGGAAUGUGCAGAUACUCAACAAGAAGGUGGACGUGAGUAAGGUGACAUCAAAGUGCGGCUCCAAGGACAACAUCAAGCACAAGCCUGGCGGUGGGGACGUGAAGAUCGAGUCCCACAAAGUGAGCUUCAGGGAAAAGGCUCAGUCCAAAGUGAGCUCCAUGGACAAUGUGAGCCAUUCACCUGGUGGAGGAAACGUUAAGGCUGAGGGGGGCCAGGAGACAACAGAGGGGAAUGGGACUCCCCUGAGUGGCACCGAGGCCCCGGCCCCAGGCUCCGAGCCAGGGCAGGCAGGGAGCCCUGCUGCCCAGGAGAAUGGGCUGAAGGAGGGGGCUCCCUGUGAUAGUGAGGGCCUCCGGGAGCCCCAGGCUCUGGACUCACGCAUCCCAGAGACAAAUUGAGUGUUUCAAGCUCAACUUCCGCGAGAAUGCUCGCUCUCGCACGGACCACGGCGCCGACAUCAUCACCUGGCCAGCCCCCCAAGACGACAACAGACCCCACCCGUACGGUUCCUCCCACUCUCUACACCAAAACCUCCGCCAGCAACACCCGACUCC